GACUGUGUGAGUUACCAUAGAUUCAAAAAAAUAAAUAAAAGAAGAGCGGUUUGCUAUAUUUUGCAGCAUUAAAAUUUCAAACGAGUUCAAACAAUUGCAUCAUGCACAUAUAUAAUGCCAGAACCGAUUCAAAUUUACUAUUACUUUAAAAUUCUAUGACGAGAAAUCCAUUGAUCUCAUUCUGAACCAUGCUGAGGCUACAAAAUUGUCGAUGCCUCAGCGAAUCAAUGUCUUUACUGAGCCUGCGUUCUUGGAGUCGUUCGCGCUUUAAGAAUCCAAUGCAAGCUCGUGUCACUCUUCAUACCACAAGACAGGCCAACGUCAAGUACAAAAUAGCAUGUACAAGAGUAACCAAAACAAGUACAAUUGUAAACAAUCAUGACGUAUCCCCUAGUGAAUGUGAUUUGAAGGAACGCCAAAAAAUAAGCCUUGCAGCUAGACUGGUUUAUUCUUUACCUCAAGCUGUACAACCCUAUAUGAAGUUAAUGAGAAUAGAUAAACCAAUUGGCUCAUGGCUAUUAUUUUGGCCUUGCGGAUGGAGUAUAGCAAUGGCAGCACCAGCAGGAGCAUUUCCUGAUCUCAGUAUGUUGACGCUCUUUGGCUUGGGUGCAUUUAUUAUGCGAGGAGCUGGUUGCACAAUUAAUGACAUGUGGGAUCAAGACAUAGAUAAGAAGGUAGCCCGAACAAAAAGUCGACCGUUAGUUACCGGAGAAGUUACACAGAUGCAGUCGUUGGUCUUUCUUGCUGGACAAUUGAGCAUUGGUCUCUCAAUUUUAUUACAACUCAACUGGUAUAGUGUUUUUCUAGGAGCCAGCUCUCUUGGGUUAGUGAUCAUUUAUCCUCUAAUGAAGAGGAUAACAUACUGGCCUCAACUCGUAUUAGGAAUGACGUUCAAUUGGGGUGCAUUAUUAGGAUGGUCAGCAGUGCAAGGUUCAUGUGAUUGGUCAGUUUGCUUGCCACUCUAUGCGGCUGGGAUUUGCUGGACAAUUUUGUAUGAUACUAUUUACGCUCAUCAGGACAAAGUGGACGAUGUUCUUUUGGGAAUCAAAUCAACUGCUUUGAAAUUUGGUGACAAAACUAACGUGUACCUGUGUGGAUUCGCUACGUGCAUGAUCACAAGUCUCAUUACUUCAGGAGCCAUGUCUGGACAAUCUUGGCCCUAUUAUGUGGCUGUUGGAUUAGUGGGUGGGCACCUAGCGAACCAGAUAACAACAUUAGACAUAAAUAAUCCUAACGAUUGCGCCAAAAAAUUUAUCUCGAACCACAUGGUCGGGCUAAUCCUGUUCCUGGGUAUAGUGAUGGGAAAUCUGACGAAAUCAACGAAAGGGAAAACUGAGAAUGAAAUCACGAGUCAUACAAUACUGGAAAAUAAGGAUGUAAAAAAUAUUUAAACGAAGGACAAAAAUGAAGCAAUCAUAAAAAGACAUGAUUCCUUUUCCGAUGGUAUAGUUUAGAUUUGAGUUUAAGGAAUGUGUAAAUUUUAUUUAUUUCUAGUAUUAUUUGAAGGUGGCUAACGUGAGCUGGAUUUCGCGUGAACUAUUUGUCAAUCUAAGUGUGUAACAAAUUAUGAUCGAGUAAUGUUUACUGUGAUCCAAAGUACUACGAACAUUUUUAUAUUUUGGAAUGAUUAUAUAGAAUACCAAUGUAAAUAUGUGCCAGGAGGAUCUUUUCAGUUAAAGAUCCAUAGUCAGUUGGCGAUUGAAAUUCCCGCCAGAUGAAGCUUUAUGUAGCUUGGGUUAGUACUUUAAAGCAAUUAAUUGAUAAGCGUUAGGAACAAUGUUGUCAAGUCAAAUAGCCAGUCAUACACUUUCCAAAUGAUUUUUUCCUGUGGAAUAUCAAUUAAAUAUUUGAAGAAUUUAAUUAUGAGAUUCUAUGACAGAAAAAUCGAAUCAAUUUUCCCAUUUAAUUCUAUGAAAUAUUCAAUUUAUUCGAAAAAAUAAACACGUUUUUUAGGAAAUAUUGUAAAAUUUUGUGAACGAAAUAAAUAUUGAAAAUACAGAAAAGUAUAAAAUAUAGGAAGUGUUUCAGAAUUCUUACGUUCCAUUGCAAUAAAAGAAACCUGACUAUAGGUAAUACAGAAAUAAUUUUUAAAAAAAUUUCAAGUUUUAGAAAUCUUCACGGUAUGUAAAAUAUGUAAAACUAUGCAAGAAUAUGUUCACAAAAUAACAGAGGCCAAUGACACAUUUUCAAGUAUAUAAAGAUAGGAGAAAACGAGCAUCAAGCAGAUGUGCGAGCGCUCACAAAUUUUGAAACGCCUUUUCUCCAGUUUUUAUUUGCACAAUUUUUCUAAAUUCGCAAGCGUGAUAGCGAAAAACUAAACGACCUAUUCAGUCGAACCAUUUUUUUUUACUCAAUAAAAGAAUAUUAUAGUAAAUUUAA